AUGGCAAUAGGUUGGAGUCUGAAUCUUGGUGCUGAAGGUGAUAAUCUGAGUGUAGUUGAUAUUUAUAAAAGUGUAAUUAAUGAUGUGAUCAAUCAAGUUAGAGAGUCUUUUCUUGACGAAAAUAUUGACAUCGAUGUUUUACAGCAACUUAAGAAGGAAUGGGAAGAAAAACUUAUAAACAGUGGUAGUAUUGAUUGGGAGGGAACGAGGCAAAUACAGCCACCUCCGAUACGUCAGGCUAAGCCUCAGGUUGUAGGAACCACCCAGUCAGUUCCCUCCACUAAUACUGCAGUGCGGAUUUUACAAAGCGGACAGUCAUUAUUAGUUCAGCAGCCGAGUUCUUCUCAAGUGCCUCAAGCAACUGUUGUAAUGCAGACUACCAGCCAGUCUGUUCAAAGGCCAGUCCAACAAGUUCAGUAUAUUAAUACUAAUAAUCUUCCUAUUACUGCAGCAGAUGCCAGUACUUUCCAGCAAGUAGUGCAGCGUCAGCAGAUGGGCCAACCGACACAGACUAUAUCUGCUAUUCAGCCAAAUAUGAUCGCUUUUCACGCAGGUCCGCCUAAGUUCGUGCAACAAGCCAAUCCUCCACAAUAUUUAAUGCACACUAAUGGCGGGUUAAUGAUCGUCCACCCUAAUGGGCAGCAGCUACCAGUCACACUGGGCACAGGUGCUGUGCUACAGCACGGUCGAGUGCAUCCAAGUCAGAUUAACUUGAAAAUGGAAUCAGGUUUAUCGCAACUUGACGGGUCUUCUCACUUUUCUGAUAUAGCUGGACCAUCGAAAUCAUCCAAACAAAAUGUGUUUUUAAAAACGAGGAGUGGUGUCGUGAAGUUGCAACAGACUGAUGGAGCCGGUCGAAUAAGUGAUUCCUCUUCGGAUGAAGAUGACAUCGAUGAAGAUGAAGAUGAUGAUCCUUUAAGACGGAUCGCUGAUCGAAUCGGUGAUGAUAGAAGCGUCAGUGAUGAAGAACAAAUUGUGGAAGAAGAUCCAUUAAAUUCCGGGGACGACCAAAGUGAUGAUGAUGAUGUAGACAAAUUAUUUGAAGCUGAGAAUUUAGUUAUGUGCCAGUUUGAAAAGGUGCAUCGAGCUCGUAAUAAAUGGAAAUUCACUUUGAAAGAUGGUAUAAUGCACAUUCAUGGAAAGGAUCACUGUUUUCAGAGAUGUUGUGGUGAAGCCGAAUGGUGA